UCUAUUGUCAUAAAAAAAAUUGUAACGAUAACAUGGUACAGACAAGAAAUUGAAUUGAAAAUUGAAUAGUGUUCAUUUUAUUAAUAUAAAUCUAUCAAGCACUCAUGAUUAAGGAACAAAAUUUAUUUAAAAUGCCUCCACAAAUAGACUUCAUAAAGAAGUCAUUAAAAAAUGUUUGUGUUGAUACUGUUCUAUUAUUUGUCAUGUUAGCUCUAGUGGGACACCUGACUAUAAAUUUUUGGGAAAGAUUUACUCUACAAAGCGAAUUGAGUAAUAUGAAAUACAGUUUACAUUCGCUUAAGGAUACAAUAAAUAACAUAGGAAAAGCCUACGAUGGUCUUCACACUGAGCUGAAAGAUUUAGUUAAGGUUGUUGACAAUAAGCAGCACUUGGUACCUGAGUGCAAACAUAAAAAAGAAGCAAAAGACAGAUGUAAGACUGAACCUUGUUUAGAACAUCGAAAAGUAAAUGAUAUUCAAGUACAAACAGCUGUUACAGACACAUUGAAAGUUGGCCCACGAGUUUUGUUGACUAAAGAUAAACAAACUGGACAUGACGGUCAUGCACAUAAGAGUACGAGUCCCAUAAUUAGAAACGCAGCAACGAAUACUAAAAAUCCUCUUAAAUCUGUGGGAAUCAUGUCAGAUUUAUCGAAAGUAGAAUUAGAGCGACGUCCCUUAAGUGAUCUUAUACACCUUCAUUCGUUAAACCAUUUAGGUUGCUAUAAAAGCUAUGAUGAAUGCAGAAAAAUCUGCUACCCUGGAACGGCACAAACAUAAAUAACUUGUAAUUAUGCGAACUUGAGAUUUAUUUAAAUAAAUAAUCCGUGCAUAGGCUGAUAAGCUCCCCUUACCAUAACUAAGAUUAAACGGUUUUCAAUAAUAUCCAUUAUUAUUCAACUGCGUAAAAUAUUUUUCAGAUAUUGUGUGAGGUAAAAGUGAGAAUUGAAGACACGUUAGAAGAUACUAUGACUUUAUUUUUGUAAAUAAAUUAUUUUAACAAUAAUCACUUCGUUUAACAUGUUUUUAUUCGACCUAUUGACUGUUUGCUUAUUAACUGACCAACAUCAAUUGAAUGUCAUUUCAAAAUUUUCGGUAAACGCUUCGGACAGCCGCAUUUGCUAGCAUUUUUUCCUAACUUCAAAGCUUUGUUCAGACACACAUCAACGUUGGGGAGAGGGAGGCUAGUUCUCGGAUCCCAAGCCGCGCCUUUACUAUCCAGUGCAGAAGCUAGUGCUUCUAUUAUUUCAAAUUGUCCUUCCAGUUUCGGUAGUUCCUGGGACACCCGAGACACCUUCAGUUCCAAAUCGAAGUAACUGUUUUUCAUGCUUGCUAAAUUUUU